UGUAUAUAUAAAAGUAUAGCAAUCCCAGAUUUAUAUGUAAAGCUGGCAACGUUGCGGGAUAUUAAUGCACAAUCUGGCAUUCAUGUUGCACCCUCAAAAAAUGGCCGCUGACAACCAUUCAAGUCACCGUGUUGCCAUUGAAUAGCAAGCAUGGAAUUUUGGAAUUAAACCUUCUUCGGUGUAUAUGUUUUGUGAAGUUUAGUAGAAGUUAAAGGUAUCAAUUUUUUUUAAUCGGUUCAUCGUUUUUUUCUCUUUAAUAAGGUAUUGUAUUAAUCCUGUACAUCUAUACAAGAGUAAAGCAGAAUUUUAACGCUUGAAUCAGGGUUGUUAACAAACCCACCUCUUGUGUUGAUCAUGGACGCUGGAGACAUCAUGAAGAUAGAAGUUGGAUUCCAGGCAGUAGAAGCCGACACCAAGCUAUUUGAAGUUGAUAACGUCUCUUGGAAAUUGCAUUUUAAAUGCAAUGACAAUGAAAACAUAAAACAUUCAGUUGUGGAAAGGACUGCAAUAUGUUUGUGGAUAACUAAGGAGCACAAUUAUGCUAAGGCUUGGAUUAAAAGCGAGGCAGAUGAUGAACUGAAAGUUGAAAGCUGGGUUGAUGAUAGCGGGAAAUAUCCAGUUGUGGAAAUUUCAGAGGAAUUUAUCAUCAAAAGUGAGUGCAAUAAUGAUGAUACAUUGUUAAGUACAAAUGCAGGAACAGUUCCUAAUAGAAGCAGUAGUGAAUAUAGUGAUGAUAAUCGCCAAAAUUUUACCCCUACUGAAGUUGAUGGCAAAAUAAGGGAGCUGACAGUCAAAACUGAGAGGAUGGAUACAGAAAUUCUUAAAAAUAUGGAAUAUUCUUCUCAAAAUACAGACACUCAUCACUUUGAUGAAAAAGCAAAAGCAGUUCUUCCAUUUAAAAGGGCUUCGAAUCAAGAUUGGAUGAAACAGCAUCCUGUAGUUGACAAAAAAACAAUCUCUGAGUCAUUUUUUUGUCAUAAUUGUAAUUAUUCUGCUAGAUCUAAGUAUCUUCUGAUUAGUCAUAUGAAAGAGCAUAACAUGUGCAUGUGCAUGUCGAUUUCUAGUACAAUUCAUAAAUGCUCAUAUUGCAAAUACAAAACAAUACAUAACAGUAGACCUGGUAAAUACAUGUUGAAACAUCCUGAGUACACAUGUGCUUAUAAAACAACCUUCAAGGGUUGUUUUGUGGGACAUAUGCUAAAACAUUCAGAGACAGGAAAUAACUAUAAAUUCACCAUAUGUAUUCACUGUAAGGCAAAAUUCAGAGGUAAAACUGAAUUGAAUGAUCAUAUAAUCAAGAAACAUUCUGACUUUAUUGCAUCUGUUUCUAGUAAAAUAUAUGAAUGUACACUUUGCGCAUAUAAAACAACCUUAAAGACUCGUUUUGGUAGACAUAUGCUAAAACAUCCAGAGACAGCAAGAAACUAUAAAUUCCGCAUAUGUAUUCACUGUAAGGCAAAAUUCAGAGAUAAAACGCGACUGAAUGAUCAUAUAAUCAAGAAACAUCCUGGCUUCAUUGCAUCUGUUUCUAGUAAAAUAUAUGAAUGUACACAUUGCACUUAUAAAACAACUGUCAAGUGCAUUUUUGUUAGACAUAUGCUGAAACAUUCAGAGACAGGAAAUAACUAUAAAUUCAGAAUAUGUAUUCACUGUAAGGCAAAAUUCAGAGAUAAUACGCACCUGAAUGAUCAUAUAAUCAAGAAACAUCCUGGCUUCAUUGCAUCCAUUUCUAGUAAAAUAUAUGAAUGUACACAUUGCACUUAUAAAACAACCUUCAAGGGCAUUUUUGUUAGACAUAUGCUGAAACAUUCAGAGACAGGGAAUAACUAUAAAUUCAGCAUAUGUAUUCACUGUAAGGCAAAAUUCAGAGAUAAAACGCAACUGAAUGAUCAUAUAAUCAAGAAACAUGCUGACUUUAUUGCAUCCAUUUCUAGUAAAAUAUAUGAAUGUACACAUUGCACUUAUAAAACAACUUACAAGGGCAGUUUUUUUAGUCAUAUGCCAAAGCAUCCAGAGACAGCAAGUAAUUAUAAAUUCAGCAUUUGUACUCACUGUAAGGCAAAAUUCAGGAAUAAAACGACACUGAAUGAUCAUAUAAUCAGGAUACAUCCUGACUUUAUUGCAUCCGUUUCCAGCAAAAUACUUGAAUGUACACAUUGCACUUAUAAAACAACCUCCAAUAGUACUUUUGCUAGACAUAUGUUGAUACACUCAGUCCAGUAGAGUAAAAUUCCAAAAUGGAGUGAUAAUAAAGAAACAUAAUAUGGUAACCAUACCAAUAUAACAAUAAUAAUUAUAAUAAUAAAUAAUCUUUAUUUCAAAAUAACAGUGCGCAAUUACAACGUAAUGUCCGCUGUCAGGUAAAAUAUACGUCACAUAAUGCCAUAAUAGCAAACAAAAAUAGUGUCUAAAUAUUACGAUAUUACAUAAUGUUUGUUUCACAUUUCUAGAUAUUCAUCGCGACCAUAUGGCCCUAGAUUCAUUAGUAACUUGUGAGUACAUUUCUUGAACUCUUUUAUAUUCGACAACUUUUUAACUUCCUGGGGCAACUUAUUGUAAAGCUCUGCACAACUGUAAUGUACGUUUUUUCGGUAACAGCUAGAUGAUGAAUUGGGUACAAAAGAGUUAUAUCUCUGUUCCUUGUAUUGUAAUUGCCCGAGAUUCUUAUAAAGUACCCAAUAUUUUUAAAUGUAAAAAUCAAUAUUUCUUGAAUAUAUAUUGCCACUAUGGUGAGUAUUUUAUUCCCUUUAAAUUUUCCUCUAUAUGUUUCUCUUCGCGGAACUUUUAACAUGCAUCUCAAUGCUCGUUUCUGUACCCGAAAGAGCCUGUUUAUCUAGCUACUAUGUCCGUAAAAAAUAUACCAAAACGUGCAAUGACGUGCAAUGGAAUCAAAGUUGGCAUGGUAAACAAUUUUUAGGGUCUUAAGGUCUAGGUACCUACUUAAUAUCCUAAUACUAUAACAAGUGCUAUUUAACCGUUUCUCUAGAUGUUCUACAUGUGUAGCCCAAGAAAGUCCUUGGUCAAUAUACACUCCUAAGAAUCUAC